AUGAAUUUCAAAUUGGCGCAUAAUAUUCUUCGUAUUACAAAUCCAAAUGAAUUCAUUCAAUUUUAUCUGAAUAACUUCGGUAUGCAAAAUACUUUAAUUCACAAUACAUCGUACAAUGUUAGUCUCUUGGGCUACCCCACAAAUUAUGACGAAAACUUCAACAAAACUUCGAGUGCAUUGCCAUCGCCAACAUUUCUCGAAUUACAUCAUGCAGAUGCAGUAACAAAUAUUUCAAUGGUUAAUUCGGGUAGUGUAAAUGUCUAUUGGAAGAUGGGAAUCACAUUACACGAUGUUGAUCAUGCAAGAGAAAUCUUACAAUCGAAAGGAAUCAAGACAAGUGAUCCGUCACAAUUUGAAGAUAUUGGUUAUGUUUGUCAUCUGACAGAUCCAAAUGGUUUUAUUAUUGAAUUAUUACAGCAUCAUUUUCAAGAAACAUUUCUUAAAAAACACCUACCAGAAGAGAACUUUCCAUUGGGAUACCCGUGUUGUAUUGGGCAGAUCACCUUACAGGUGAAUGAUAUAGAUAAAACUCAACGCUUCUAUGGCGAUGUAUUGGGUAUGAAAUUGUUGUCGAUACAAGAAGUACCACGAUAUGGUUUUACGCUAUACUUCUAUGCUUGGACGGAUGAAGAUCCACCCAAAUCGGAUGUGAUCAGCACACGUGAAUGGUUAUGGAAACGACCAUAUACAACUAUUGAACUACGAUACUUCGAUGGAACAAAACAGAUACCACAUUUUACAGAUAUUUAUUUAAAGACAAAAUGA